AUGCUCGUCCCACGGAUGCAGAACAUUAACGGCAAUGUCCUGAAUGCACAAAGGUAUCAGUAUGAAAAGCUUCAGAGGAGAGAGAGAGGGGUCUUUGCACCAGCAUCUCUCAACCCACCGAUGCAGCUCUUCAAAUGGAGAUCAGUUCUCUGUAGCACACAUGUGGAGCCUCAGAGCUGUUGUGUUUUCAUUGGUGGACAGGAAUACAGAUUAAAGAACAAAGCAUGGAGAAGAGGAGGAGAUGCAGAAGACCUGUUGUGGGAUGUGAAGACCCCUGAGCCUGAGCAUGGGCCACCACCUGCACUAGAGGAGAUAAGCUGUCACCUGAGUGAGCUGCUGGACUCUGAGCUGCUCUCUCAGGCCACUGGAGAUGACUGCCGCUCUCCAUCUCUGCAGGAAGAACACAAAACAGAUGAUGGCCGAAGUGUUUUGUUGGAGGAUUGGACUGAUGAUGAGGAUGGUACAAGGAUCCCAACAAUUCACAGGCACAAAUUAAACUCUUUCGCACAGAGAGACACAGUGCUAGACAUGACCGAUGAGGAAACAGAAGACAAGGACACAUGUGAAGAUGCUCAGAGAUUCAUGGAUCAAACAUUAUCUGUCACAAAAGAGAUGGCAUCUAUGUUUGAAAGUGUAAAGAGCUGUGAUUACAGUGAGAUCCCCCAAAAUAUUCCAAUUUCAGGAAUCCCAGAGCAUUCUGAGCAAAGUGAUUGUGAGGAAGUUGAGGAAACCAAUUGACAACUUCUUCCAGUCUUACAUCGUAUCUCUAGAAACACUUGUAAUCCCAUCAGGUUUCCCCAUUUGUCCUCAGGGGAACUGAUGAAUAACUGUGGGAUUGAAGCUGAAACAUUUCCAGAGCCAGGCAUUAGGGCAAAGUCAUCUCUUAGCACCCCUAAAACGUACCACAUGGUUAGAUCAAAAGGGGAGGAGAUUAAACCAAAGGUCACACCUCAAACUUCAGCCAGAAGCCCUGUAAUAAAAAUCAGACUUAGAAAAACACACCAAGAUGGUACAAGUGGAGAAAAAGUAGGGCUACACAGUCCUAACCACAAUCUGCAGCCUCCAACGCCCACUCCCAGAAAAACAAACCCAGCUUCCUGUGACGAUCAGGUUUCCAUUCCAGCACAGGCAUUUUCUAAAGCAAGCGUCUCCCCCUCGGAGCGUUCACCACCUCCUACACCUCACCGGUCUUCAGCAAUAAAGAACCACAGGACCUCCAAAACCUCUCACACUGAUCCAGAUGACAUCAGGAAAGGACAGCUAAAUCACCCCUUACCUGAUUUCUCCAAAGUGGAGCCGAGGGUACGUUUCCCGAAAAAGAGUGGAUACAAACCUCCUAAAAGCCGUCAGCCUCCUCAUGAUAGAACUUCACACCUGGAUCUUCCUGUAGUGUUCAAGUCCCCUGCUGAGAUCGUGAGAGAGGUCCUUUUGAGCAGCUCUGAUGGGUCUCCAGGAACCCAUAGAAGUCCCUCCACCAGUGGGACCCACAAGCGUCUGCACUGCACAGUACCAGAGGAGUUCCGCUGCCCCCAGCAGGCCAGCACACUGAUGCAGCAGCUACAGGAAGACUAUAACAGGCUGCUUACCAAGUAUGCAGAAGCUGAAAAUACUAUCGACCGACUUCGCCUUGAAGCAAAGGUGGGUCUCUGUUCUGAACCCCCAAAACCCAGUACAGCUAUCCUGUCAGGUGUUAUUCAGGAAGGGUCAAAGGUCAUAACCCUCAAUUUCCCUCAAGCGCAGAGGGCAGCGUUCAGCGCAGUCUCUGCUCAACUGGCCCAGCAGAGGGAUCACUCAGAAAACUCUAGAAAAACACCAACUUGCUCUUCCUCUGUGAACUCGGUCAGCUCAAGGAGGUCUGGAUCUCUCACUGCAGACCAUCUAACAGAGACUCUGACCAAACAGACUCAUAGAUUUCAGCUACAGGUUGAUGCUUUUGAGGCACUUCUAAAGAAUGGGAAACUCAAGCCCUGUGAACAGAUAAAGGGUUUCUCCACACUGGCACAGGGGCAGGAGUCUCUUGAAAGGGCUUAUCUAGAUGCACGAGGCCAGUAUCAGAUGCAGCAGCAGCAACAAGGUGGGCUUGAAACCUUUGACCCAGACAGGGACCUAGAAGGUCAGAUCUUCAGGUCAGGGAUGCGAUUGGAGGAGCUGAAGGAGUGGCUGGAGCAAGCCGAACAGAACAAACCCAUUUCUGAACCUACUUUAAACCCUCUGCCUCCUUCAGAUGUGCUUUCUUUGUCCAUGCUGGAGAUCGAACCUCUGCCUGAGAGUCCACUGUCUGCUGCCCAUCCUGAGGCUUGUGUUGGCAUGGAGGUUAGUUCAAUUAGCGGAGAGAGUGAUGCAGACAGAGAGGAAGAGGAGAUCCUCCCAUUUCUUCUUCAUCCCCUUUAUGACAAACACCAGCGUGUGGAGAAAGACUUCUGUAAGCUCAUGGACUGCUAUCAGAGUUUGAAAGAGCUCCCUGGGAUGCUGGACCCAACUGUGACUUUAAAGAGCCAUGACUCGCUGGAUUUUGGAGUCUUUGCUCCGCCUGGGAAUACAAGCUUAAUGAACAGACAUCAACAUAGGACUGUUAAUGAGCAAGAGAUGAAAGAAUCUGUUCAGCAGCAGGCAGCAGCAGAUUGUGUCCCUCCCUCCAGCCCAUCUGUCAGGUCACAGGUGUGUGAAUCUAUGGAAACUCACCCAGAGGCUUUUUGCCACUCCUCGGUGUUGCCAGGGCAACUGGGCAGGGAAAGGAAAGCGGCAGGAAACAGGAAAACUCAAAGCAGUAGCCUGACCAGCCUAGCAGAGAGCACAGAACCCAGAACUAUGGGCUUAAAUGCUAAGGCCAAGACUGUCAGAGCAUCCCCUCUGGAUGGGGUCAAGUCUCCAGAGACAGAUGGCUUUAUGGGCUCUGAGAGCAGUCAGCUCACUCCUGCUGUACACAGUCCUCUCCAGCAGAUGGCAGUGGCGAGUUCCAUCAGGCCGUCUGGCCCACACACAAAGAACACAGAAAGACCAGAGUCUGCUCCUCCUUCUAGACAGCCUUUUGCGGUCUCCCCCUCUCAUUCACAACCCUCUUCAAAUACCCCAGGAGAACACAUCAAGUCUAAAGGAUGCACAGGUCCUGUUAGGAGGAGAGGUGGGGAGGAAGGGUGUUCUUCUUCCAGCCUUUCUCGCUCAGUAUCCCCCAUUCAUUGGCCCAGUAGCACCCUCCUGCCCUGGCCGAGCAGCCUGACCAGCCAGUCAGAACACCGGAGUGAUCAGCGGGAUGAAAAAGCACAGGAUGGCCAAUAUCCACAUCCAGCCAACCAGCAGAUCCGCUCUCACAGAAGCCCUUCCCUCCAUGUGCCGUAUCACCACGGUGACCACCUCGAAGCCCAAAGUUCCAUUCAGCUAACAAAUCACAAAGAGGCUCUUCAAUCUCUACAGCGAGAAGUGAACCGACUGAAGGAGAGACUAGAGGGAAAUCUGAGACUCUCCAAACCUGCCAGUCCUGUUAGAGUGCCCACUUCUGCCACGGAAGAUACCAGGGAUCAGGCAUUCCCACGGACCGCAAGGUCUUCAGACAGGAGAAGGUGGCAGACAGAGAGAGGGAGGAAUGGAGAACAAGAGAGAGGAAACUCACCAAGACCCACUCUGAGGCAAAGAUCAGCGUCUUUACCUCGACAUCGGCCUCAAACUGAUCUGACAACUGAUUCUGAGCUUGUCCAGUCUGAGCCACGACCAUCAACAUUCAGACAUGUCCUGGUGUCCCCAAUUACAUCAAGAGGAAGAAGACAAACCAGAGGAUUUGUACAUCACAAAGAGGACAGUACCUCAGGCAGAUCCAACAAUAGUGAUGAAACCGAAUCAAGCCGAGGGCCAGAAACUGCCUGCCCACAUUGCAUAGCAGACCGUACUGGUACUUUGACACGUCCAGUGAGGAGUAGGAGCUCUCCACAUCUCACACAGCCUUCCUGCAACCACUGCCCAUUGUGUGAUGCAUUACAAGCCAAUCAAAGAGCCUCUCAACCAGCCAAUCAGAUGCCAGUCUCGACCCCCAGUGGGAGUCAGCCAAUGAGAUACUCCUUACAGAGGAACAAAGGAGGUGUAAAUGUGACUCCUCCCCCCACAGUCCUGGGAGGUGUUCCAGUUGUCCCAUAUGUUCCUGUCUAUCCUUCAACUCUUUACUUCUCCAGCCCUGUGAUGGCACAGGCCUACUCACAACCCUUUAACAUCUCAGUCAGUCCUGUCAGAGAUGAGAGGCCAGGGGUCAGAGGUCAUCGUAGACGCUCUCUCUCUUUGGACCAUCAGCAGUGCUCUCUAAACAGCUCUUUGACCCGCGCCAUCGCGGCAGCUAGAAACAUGAGAGAGGUCUCACAUCGCAUGGCUCACUCUCUGGCCUCAGGACUACACAGCACUAGCUUCCUCACCACAUCCUGCACCUACUGACACCAGCGUUUGCAUUUGUUCUUUUAGCAGAUGCUUUUAUCCAAAGUCACUUUAAAUGAGGAAUUAUACUUUUCUACUGCUGAGCUGUGAAGAAAGUCACAUUUGUUCAUUAUUAUUAGUUUACAAAAACAACUCAUUUUCUCAUAGCGAUGUGACUGAUAAUGUAAGACAUGUAACACUUCAGCGGGAAAUGAUGGAAAGUGUGAAAUGUUUUAGGUGAACAGCUACUUUUAGAGAUUAAUAGCUGCAUUAUGGCAGCUUAAACAUUCCAGGUUUGUAUAUGCAGUGACCCCAAAAAAUAUUUGGAA